AUGCGUCAAUAUAACCUGCCUAAAAGAGCAAAGCCAGAGGCGGGCAGAGAGUGGACUCUACUGGCUGCUGUUGUGUCUUUGGGGACAGGCACCGGAUGCAUCGGCCAGUCUGCCGUGAGUCUGGAGGGUGACAUUCUGAAUGACAGUCAUGCGGAGGUUAUUGCUCAGAGGGCACGUGUCAGGUGCCUGACGGAGCAGCUGUUCAGGGCCGAAAGCGGCCAGAGCUCGGAGGUUUUCUGCCCUGGGUGUGAAGAGGGAAAGUGGACAGUUAAACCAGGAGUUUCUUUCCUUUUCUUCACCAGUCAAACACCCUGUGAGGCCAGCUACUGCUUGAAUAUUAAAUACUAA